CACACGGGCUUAGCUCAUCAAAGCAACAGUUUUGUGCCGAAAUAUCGACGAAUAAUUGCGUAAACAAGGAUAAUCAACGAGUAGGUGGAGCCGCCGGCGGCCGCACGCCCCUCUAAACUUUUUUCUCGUCGUCUGGGCGGCGCGGAGAGCACGCCUCGCGUCCCACGCGACCAUCCAUGCCCGACCAAAGACGCUCUAUAGACAACCCGACGGCAACGCGCCGACGGCGUAACGUAAACAAACAUUUGAUACACUCGAAUCGACUGUGGUGAAUUCAAAUCGAACACGAAUGCGACCGUGCCAGUGACCCUCCCCCAAUUAGCAAUCAAUAACGUCCAUUUCAGCGAUAGAAAAUAGCUUUUUAAUUAACGCCCGAUAAAGCAUGAAAUUCCCGCACGGACUAAACUAUUCGUAAAAUGUUUCCAAACCAGUUUACACUCGUUCUUUAGUGUGUUAAAAAUGUGUGUCUCUCGAUUAUGUACAAGUUGAACAAGUGAACGGAAAACAAUGAGACAAUACGAGGAUGUAGUGUUGCCAACAUGAAUAUAGCUAGAGUUGCCGGGGAAAACUGCAGAAUGACCUGGACAUUUCCAGCGAUAAUAUUCCUAUUCGUCCCACUAUUGAAUAUGGCAAGCUCAAGAGACGAACUUCCCCAUCUGAAGCUGAACUCGGCGCUCGCGUGUCGAUUCGUGCGCGGCCUCACGCGAGAACAGAGGUCCAUCUGCCACGAGGCGCCGGACACCGCGUCGGUGGCCUUCGAGGGUCUCCAGCUGGCUGUGAAGGAGUGCCAGCACCAGUUUCGCUGGCACCGCUGGAACUGCACCAGCCUGCUGUCGAAAAGUUCCAACCCGCAUGCCAGCGCGCUGAUGAAACGAGAUUUCUUUAUGUCUGUAUCUCUGGGUGUGAAGGGCUUUGUGUUUUUUCCACUCAUCGCACACGUUGACGUGGAAAUUUACGAGCAUGGAGGAUGGGAGACAACAAAUAAUAAGACGGACCUUCGUUGCCAGAUGUCGGCACAAAGGCCAUAUACCAGGGUGGCGAGAACGUGUCGAUACGAUCAAGUGCACGUGACAGGAAUACACGCCGCGAACGUCAUAAAAAAGUGA